AUGCUCAGAGCAUUAUGUAGAAAGGGUCAGUUGAAGGAGGCGUUGCACAUUAUGUUUACUGCAUACAAACCCCCUGAAGAUUUCUCUACAUAUCUUCAAUUAUUGCAGACCUGUGUUCUCAAGAACGCACUUUUACAGGGUAAAAAUGUCCACUCUUUUAUCGCUCACAGGCGAUUUGCGUUUACUACAUACCCAACAUUUCGGAAUAAGCUUAUUUACAUGUAUGUUAAUUUGGGAAGUUUGGUAGAUGCUCGAAAAGUGUUCAAUCACAUGGAAGAGCGAGACAUUGACUCAUGGAAUAGCAUUAUUGCAGCGUACAGAAGACAUGGGUAUCCUCACGAGGCAGUUUCACUGUUUCACCAAAUGCAAGAAAUGGGUUUCCAACCUGAUCAAUUUACAUUUGCCAACGUACUUCCAGCUUGUGCUAAAUUGGGAGCGUUGAAACAGGGAUAUGCACAAAAUGGAUUUGUUGACAAGGCUCUAGAAAUUUUCAAGCAAAUGCAAUUCGUAGGUGUAAAGCCGAAUUCCACAACCUUUGCCAGUAUCCUCGCUGCCUGUGCUAAAAUGGGAGAUUUGGAACAAGUUGCAACUGCCCUGCUAGACAUGUAUGCAAAAUGUGGAAGCAUAGACAAGGCAAGUGAACUGUUUAACAGAAUGCCUCUAAAAGUUGCAACUGCCCUAGUAGACAUGUAUGCAAAAUGUGGAAGCAUAGGGAAGGCGCGUGAACUGUUCGACAAAAUGCCUCAAAAAAAUGUGGUCUCAUGGACUGCGUUGAUUACAGGAUAUGCACAUAUUGGAUUGGUUGAAAAGUCUGUAGAAACUUUCAAGCAAAUGCAAUUGGCAGGCGUAAAGCCAGACUCUGCAACCUUUGCCAGCGUAUUUUCUGCCUUUGCCAAAAUGGGAGCUUUGAAACAGGGUAUUGACAUCCACCAAAGCAUAAAGGAUAGAGGAAUUUUAUCAAAUGUUAUAGUUGCAAGUGCCCUGGUAGACAUGUAUGCAAAAUGUGGAAGCAUAGUUAAGGCGCGGGAACUCAUCCUUCCUGCCUGUGCCAAAAUGGGAGCUUUGGAACAAGGUAUACUCAUCCAUCGAAGCAUAACGGAAGGGGGAUUUUUGUCAGAUAUAGCAGUUGCAACUGCCCUGGUAUACAUGUAUGCAAAAUGCGGAAGCAUAUACAAGGGGACAGAUCCCAUCCACAGACCGGAGAUUUAUGCAAAGUUGGAGGAAUUGACUUGGGAGAUGAAGGCAGCAGGGUAUUCCAGAUUCAAGACAUCUACCUGA